GCAGAUAAAAAGCAAUAAGUGAAUAUUCAUUCAGUAAUGAAUACACAAUUUCAUACGCCAUCAUUUGGUGAUGAUAUUUUUGACAUGGGAGAUGCUACAUCCUCGACUUCUAGCUUUGUAUCAGGACAACCAGUUAAUAAUUCCUCCUAUAUGUAUCAGCAACAACAGCAUACUCCAACAUCGACAAAACGUAUGAUUAGUCUUCAUAAUACGUCAGAUGAAUACCAUACGGCUAAUGAAGAAUCAUUUAACGUCACGGCAAACAAUUCAAUGAACAAUUCAGUAAUACAGCCAAAUACAAACACAUUGAACAAUGUUCCACCAGGAGGAAAUACAACACCAGCAACUACUACUGGACCAACGACUAUGGCUGCUCGCAAACAAAUGGUACCUUUGGAUCAAAAUGAACCAGCCAAGCCCUUGUCUGCAUAUGCUCUGUUCUUUCGCGAUACUGUAAGUGCUAUUAAGCAGCAAAAUCCCUCAUGUUCAUUUCAAGAAUUAUCAAAAAUUGUGGCCUCCAUGUGGGAUGCUUUAGAUCCCGUGCAUAAAGGCGUGUAUAAUAAAAAGAAUGAAUUAGCAAAGAUCGAAUAUUUAAAACAAAUGAGAAUCUAUCAGCAGCAGCAACAAUUGAAACAAGAACAACUAGCCACAAAUGCAAACGAAACAAUACCAACUGACACGAAUGUCCAACCACAAUCUACAUCCCAACAAGUAACACCAACACCAGCAGCAACUAGUACAAACGCUCAGCAAAAUACCGAAGUAAUUAAUAACAAUAAUAUAGCAAAUACUACUAACCCCACUCCAGCAACAAGUGCCAGUGUAAAUUCAGGUGCACCUUCCGAUGAGCAAAUAAGUUUAUUAACUGAAGCUGGUGCGGUACAAAAGUGUACGCGAGAAAAUUGUAAUAAACGUGCCAUCAUUAACCCGGACUGGGAAGAUGAGUAUUGCAGCAAUGAAUGUGUAGUAAUACAUUGUCGUAAUGUGUUUAAUACUUGGGUUCAAUCCAAUUUAGAGGCUAAACAACAACAGCAGCAGACAACAACACAGCAAACUACUACAACCUAAUUUAUUUUUAUUUUAUUAAUUUUUUUUAGUUUUUUUUUCUUCAUUUCAUUUUAACUUUUCUUUUAUGUAAAACAAAUUUACAAAUUAAAUUGUAAAACAUUUUAUGUAUUUAAGAAAUAAUUUUAAUAUAUAUAAUUGAGAAAUUCUUUUCAUUUAUUAAUUGUAUGGCUAUAGCUUUUUUCCAUUAUUUUAAAAAUACAAUAAAAAUUUAAAAUAAAAAGUAUGUACUUGCUUUUGAAAUUUGCAUUAAAUCAAGA